ACACCCACAGACAACAGGACACUAGCGGCCGUCGGCUGAAUGUUUACCGAGCAGGCAUAGAGUGGUGGUGAGGGAAGUGACAGUCACACUGGAGGCUUGGUGAAUGGUGAAACGCAGGUGAUUUCAGCUCCCACGGUCUCAUUUCACAGCGGAAUGUUCACUCGAAGGGGACAUGGAGACGUCAAGAAAUCUACACAGAAAGUUUUGGACCCAAAGAAGGAUGUACUGACCCGACUCAAACACCUCCGUUCACUGUUGGAUGUCAUUGACAAGAGUGAACUGAAGGGGUUCUUUGAAAGCAACUGUUCUCAGAUUUAUUUUAUCUUCUAUGAAAGUUUCAUCACACUGGAAAGCAACUUAAAACAAAAAGGGAACAAAUCUCAAAGGGAGGAGCUGGACUCUAUCCUCUUUAUUUUUGAAAAAAUUCUCCAAAACCUGCCUGAGAAAAUCUACAACCGAUGGCAGUUUCACAGUAUAGGUUCUAUUCUAAAAAAGCUUCUACACACUGGAAAUUCAUUCAAAAUCCGCUGUGAGGGAAUCCGUCUCUUCCUGCUGUGGCUGCAGGCCCUGAGGGACAACUGUGCUGAGGAGCAGUUCCUUAUCUUUGCCUGUCUGGUGCCAGGAUUCCCCGCUGUGCUCUCCUCUAGAGGGCCCUGCACUCUUGACACUAUCAUUUACAACCCAUUCUCCAACCCCGCUGAUGCAAAGGUUGUGCCUGAGGAGAUUACUCCACUGCUUCCAGCUGUGGUAGGAGAAAAGGUUGCAGAUGACCAGACCUGUUACAUCCUUGAAACCCUUCUCAAGUACAUGGUCAUCCAGGCGUCCAGUUUAGAAUGGAAGAACAAAGAAAACCAGGACACUGGCUUCAGGUUUCUCUUCAGCCUUUUCAAGAAGUACUACCUUCCACAUCUAUUCCCCUCCUUCACCAAGCAUACAAAUCUCUACAAGCCUUUAUUAGACCUACCCCACCACAGACCAAAACCCUUGUACGUGCCAGUGACACGAAACAAUGAAAGCACCUUCUGCACCAGAGAUCAGUACCUGGCACCCCGUGUGGCCUUCAUCACCUGGCUGGUCACCUUCUUCCUGGAGAAGAAGUAUGUCAGCAGCGCUGUCGCGGUGCAGGGCACCAAGAACGGCACUGAGGUCAUUCCCAAACUCAUCCAGACUGUCACUGCAGGCAGUAGCAGCCAGGAUAAGGAUAGGACAUCAGAUGGGGAUCCUACUGGGCCAGCGGGGGAGCCUGAGAAGAGCCACUCCAACAGCAGCACGCUGUCAGACCGACGGCCAAGUGAUUCCAGUUUGUGUAGCAUUGAGGAGGAGCACCGUUAUGUCUAUGAUAUGGUGCAUGCAAUCCUGCUGUCCACCAGGGACAAUGUGAAUUUUGUCAACGAGGUCUUCCACCAGGCCUUCCUGCUGCCAUCCUGUGAGGCAUCAGCAACCAGGAAGGUGAUCAAAGUGUACAGGAAGUGGAUCCUGCAGGAGAAGCCCAGCUUUAUGACAGAGCCUGACAAAAACACCCAGAAAGAUGAAGUGGACGACAGCUCUAGACAGAUACUUAGCCUGGAGGCAAACAGCAUGCAUGCACAGGUAAUAGAGAGUCACGGCCACAAGCGGUCAUCUAGCUGGGGGAGGACUUACUCGUUCAGCAGCGCCAUCAGUCGUGGCUUUCUCACAGAGGAGCAGAACAGGGACGUCAAAGCUGGUAUCCAGCCCACACUACAGGUGUUCUUGACCAAUUCAUCCAAUGUGUUCCUGUUGGAGCCGUGCCAGGAUGUACCAAAACUACUGGACAACCAGGUUGAAGUGUGCAAGGGUGUUCUCAGCAUCUAUAGGCACAUGAUCAUGGAGCACACGAUGAACACACAGACAUGGGAACAGUUGCUGCAGGUACUGCUGAGGAUCACAGAGGCGGUGAUGAAGAGGCCACAGGAAAACCAAAGAAAAGACAGCUUUGCUGAAAGUUUAGCCUCGAUACUCUUUAGGACCAUCAUUGUGGCGUGGGUGCGGGCCAACCUGUGCGUAUUCAUCUCCCGGGAACUAUGGGACGAGCUGCUGGCAGUGCUGUCCUCUCUUACCUGCUGGGAGGAGCUGGUGACAGAGUGGGCCAGCAUCAUGGAUUCGCUGACGGCUGUGCUGGCACGCUCCAUUUAUGGCCUGGACAUGGCCAACUUGCCUCUGGACAAACUCAGCGAACAGAAGGAGAAGAAGCAGAGAGGACGUGGAGUGAUUCAGGACUCCCAGAAGGCAGCAGCUGUAGCGCGUUCCUUCUCACUGAGUUGGCGGAAUCAAGGGGAGCAGAGCGGGCCAGGAGUCCAGGAGCCCAUGAGGAUUCGUUCCGCCACUACAUCGGGAGCUCCAGGUGUAGAGAAAGCACGUAACAAUGUUCGACAGAAGGCCUCCGAUGUGGAAGAGUGUCAGCUGUCAGAAUGUGGAGGAGAGGAGGAGCUUGGAGGUGGAGAAAGUCCUCUGCCACGUAGCAGCAGCACCUCAGACAUCACCCAACAAGUGUCUGACACUUUACCAGCCCAGAAGAGAGAGUACUCCCCUACUUCAUGUGGCUCUGAUAGCAGGACAUCUGAGGGAAGGAGAGAGAGUAGUGAGCCACCAGUGAUCCUCAUCCGGCAGAGCAGCAGUCCAGCCGAGACAGAGUGCAAUUCUGAGGGACACACAAACUACUCUAGACCCAAACUCAGAGAGAAAAGUGAGAGUAUAAGCAGUGAGACGUCCAACGGCUACCUCAACGAGGCCGAAGGUACCUGGCAAGCCUUUGAUGAUGAGGCUGACACUCAGUCCACACAGUCAGCUCACAUGGACGUGACAUCUGACCCCCAGAGCCAGGGUAGUUUGCUUCUCAGCCACAAUGAGGCUCUCGCAGGUCCUGAGUGUUCCCUUUCUCCCCACUCUGCAUCCUUGUCCUACCACCACCACAACCACUACCACUACCCCCAGAUCCCGCCCUCCUCACCGGCCCUGCUGGUGCACACAGAGUGCCCUCUGGAUGACAACAUGCAUCAGUCUGUCUUACACAUGCCACAUCACUUGGACAGCAGUGAGUGUCUUGCUGAUGAUGUCAGCAUCAUUGCGGGUGGGACCCUGACUGGUUGGCAUGCUGACUCUGCCUUUGUCCUGUGGAGGAGGAUUUUGGGUAUCCUUGGAGAUGUGAACAGCAUUCGAUGCCCUAAAAUCCAUGCCAAGGUCUUUUCCUGUCUUUAUGAGCUCUGGCACAAGCUGGCAAAGAUCCGGGACAAUCUUGGGAUCAGUGUGGACAACCAGUCCUCUCCACCUCAGCCUGCCUUCAUCCCUCCUCUUCGAAUGCUGGCCUCCUGGCUAUUUAGGGCAACCAUGCUGCCUGCUGAGUACAAGGCUGGUAAGCUGCAGGCCUACAAGCUGAUCUGUGAGAUGAUGACCAGGCAACAGGAUGUUCUCCCCAACAGCGAUUUUUUGGUACACCUCUACCACAUCAUUCACAAGGGCGUCACCAGCGACGACCAGGAUAUUUUGAACACCAUGGUCCGUUCCUGCUCUCCUCGUUUCUUCUUCCUCGGUCUGCCAGGCUUCACUAUGCUUGUUGGAGAUUUCAUCACUGCUGCCGCCUGUGUUCUCAGCUCGGGCUCAUCAGAGGCUCCAAGGAUGGAGGCUCAGACAAUCCUGGGCUCCCUGGUGUGUUUCCCCAAUCUUUACCUCCAGAUUCCUAUACUGCAGCGUGUGCCUGGCUCUGAUGACAUUGUUGCAGGCAAUGAGGAUAUCAAGGAUUAUUUGGUCAACAUCCUGCUAGAGACUGCAACAAAGGAACACUGUGAAGGGGCAAGGUGCAUUGCAGUAUGUAGUCUGGGUCUGUGGACGUGUGAGGAGCUGAUGCAAAAAAACAUCCACCACCAGGUUAAAGAUGCCAUCAAUGUUCUGGGAGUAACACUAAAGUUUGGAAACAAAGCAGUAGCUCAGGUAGCCUGUGACGUGUUUCAGCUGCUCAUCUCUCACUGGGAACAUCUCCAGCGAUUGGAGUCAUCUCUGCCGAAGAAAAUCAUUGAGAUCUUUGUGGCCACAAUAGCCUUUUUGUUGCCGAGCGCAGAGCACUCAACAGUGGAAGCUGACAAAAAGUUGAUGGUGUCCCUGCUGCUCUGCCUGUUGGAGUGGUGCAUGGCUGUCCCACUAAGCUUGCUCCUGGAACCGAUCACAAUGCCUUGGCUGGAGGACCACACAUCCCACAAAGCCCCACUGCUGGACUACAUCUACAGGGUGUUGCACUGCUGUGUGGCCGGCUCCAACUUGCACACCCAACAGAGCCACUACCUCCUAAGCCUGUCAGACUUGUCAACUGACUAUGAUCUUAUGUUGGGUCAGGUUAAGAGUUUUGAGCCGCCACCUUCCCAGACAACCAGCACUGACUUUGGGAGCCUGCUCACUGUAGCUGAGGAAAAGCGACGUCGGAACAUGGAGCUGAUACCGUUGACAGCGCGGAUGGUCAUGACACACCUCGUGAACCAUCUGGGCCAUCAUCCACUGAGUGGUGGUCCUGCUCUUCUCCAUAGUCUAGUGAGCGAAAAUCAUGACAACCCAUACGUGGAGUCUUCAGAGCUCUCCUCUGAGGUCUUCAAAAGUCCCAACCUGCAGCUGUUUGUCUUCAAUGAAAGCACGCUGGUGUCCUACCUGCAGAUUCCUUCUGAGACCCCUACUGUUGGACAGCCCCCCCAACCUUCCUCCCAAGUGCGGGUCAUUGUCCGGGACAUAUCGGGCAAAUAUUCAUGGGAUGGCUCAAUCCUUUACUGCACCACCAAUGAAGACUCUGAUGACGUGGGAGUUUUUAAUGAAGUUGAUAUCCCUGUAUCAACUACCACAGCUGUCAGUCAAAGCGGGAACCAGCAGAACUCUCCAACAAAGGGGCUGUACAAAAGUAAAUGCUCAGUGUCAGACUGCUUUGAGGAGGAAGAAGUAGAUAUUCUGGAUAGGCUUUUGGAGGACCUGGGCCACAGCAGCCCAGAAUGCUUGCCCCAGCCACAACUUAGGCUCAACCAGCCUGCCCCCUCACCCCAUGGUAUGAACCUGGAGCAAGAGAGUGCCAUCCUGGAGGCCAUUCUGCGUCAGACUCAGAGGGAGGAGGAGCAAGUGAAGAGGUGGGAUGCUGACGUAAGCUUUCGGGCUGCCUGCCAGAAGGAACCAUCCCACCAGGAACCAAAAGCUCCUUUCUACUUCUGUCGCCUGCUGCUUAAUGACCUUGGCAUGAAUUCUUGGGACCGCAGGAAAAGUUUCCAUUUGUUGAAGAAAAACUCUAAACUCUUGAGAGAACUGAAGAACUUGGAUUCCAGACAGUGCCGAGAGACUCACAAGAUUGCAGUCUUUUACAUCGGAGAGGGACAAGAGGACAAGUGCUCCAUUUUGUCGAACAGCGCCGGCAGCCAGGCGUAUGAAGACUUUGUGUCUGGACUGGGAUGGGAGGUGGACCUGGCCACACAUUGUGGCUUUAUGGGUGGCCUACAGAGGAAUGGCAGCACAGGUUUAACAGCUCCUUAUUAUGCUACCUCCACUGUGGAAGCUAUCUUCCAUGUCUCCACUCGUAUGCCAUCUGAUUCUGAUGACUGCCUCACCAAAAAGCUGCGUCACCUGGGAAAUGAUGAGGUGCACAUAGUGUGGUCAGAGCACACCAGGGACUACCGACGUGGCAUCAUCCCAACUGACUUUGGCGACGUGCUGAUAGUCAUCUACCCAAUGAAGAACCACAUGUUUUUUAUUCAGAUCAUGAAGAAACCACAGGUUCCUUUCUUUGGGCCUCUGUUUAAUGGCGCCAUUAUUACUGGGAAGCUGCUGCCAAGCCUGGUGCGGGCCACCUGUAUCAAUGCCAGUAGAGCUGUCAAGUCCCGACUGACACUCUACCAGAGCUUCUAUGAGGAGCGAGCACUCUACUUGGAGGCCAUUGUUCAGAACCAUAGAGAGGUCAUGACCUUUGAAGACUUCGCCUCACAGGUCUUCUCCCCCUCUCCUGGCUAUCCAAUGAGUGGAACAGCGUGCAGGCGUUGGCCGGGGAUGGUUUGGGACAUGGAGUACCCCUGGGCCAAACUGGACUGCUCCUUCACCGGCAGCGUGAGCACCGAAGCUGGAAAUACCAUAGGAACGACGGACUCUGUCGACCAGGUGUCUCCCACAAUGCCCCGUGCCACAAAGAACCGGGUUUCGGGAAAACUGCGCCGAUCAGCCAGCGCUAUUAGCAAAUCCUCCAACUGAGCUCUUCAAUCCGUCCCCCUUUUUCCUCAAUGCAGCCUUUAAUCUUUCUCGAAAGAACCUCACACACCCAGCCGUGACUGCAAGAGUCGUCUUUUUAUGUUUGUUUGUUUGUUUGUUUGUUUGUUUGCCGUGUCUCGUUUCUCUUUGUUUGAUUUUGUGUCAUGUUAAACAUGCAACUGGAGCAUAUUGCAAUUUUUAAUUUAAGUGGCGAUCAUUGAUAUUGUUGAUACAUUUCCAUUUAUUGUGUUUGACUACUAAAUCUGAAUAGACAUGUGACUAAGCUAUUUAUGUUCAAUCUAGUGGUUUCAGCUUGAUGAUCUGCAGCAUAGGAAGACUGUACUGAGAAGUCUUAAAGCAAAUGUCAUUUUUGUGUUUUAUUUUCUUGUGCAGUGUCGAUGCACUUAGAGAAUAAAGUUCUUACUUACUAGGGGGGGGGGGACUGCUUUACCCUGUUUCUACAUCUCAACACUUCAUGUGGGGAAGCACUGAAUGACACUGCUGUGAAUGGCAUCAUGCAAAAACUGCACAUGAGAUUGGUAUCCAUUUAUAAAUGAGUCUGCCUUUUUACCUCCUUCUGCACCUGUCGCAAUCUUUCUGUGUCAAAGAUACCAGUCAGUCAGUGACAGGAUAAUGAUGCCCUGCUCGGUAGCACCAGUUGGGACAAUGUUUGUGGAUCAUCUCCUUUCGGUGAAGAGGGGAUAAAAUCUAAUGCAUGGGGAAACCUCCCCAGAAUGAUUUGUACUCACUGCACUACUACAUAGACUUCCUGUGCAGCGUGUCCAUGUAGUAUGUACCCAGAGUCUUUUAAAUUGUUUUGAACCAGGAGUGGACAAUCAAUGAUGUCUAUCUAACUUGUUUUUCUUUUUUUAACUCUAGAUUUCCUUUUUAAAUGAAUUCCGAUGGAUUGUGUCACGAUUUGAUUUAUGCAACAUUGCUGGAAUGAGAAAAAACUGCGUUUGUAAUUGUUUUCUGAUGUCGUUAACAUGGGCUCUAGUCCGGUAAUUGAAUAAGUUCCUCCUGUCUCUUUCCUCUGCUAUCAGUUUCCUUGUCGUUUGGAUCCGAGACAUCGACAUUCCAACGUUUCCGACCGACGUUUUUGCACUCACUGUCAUUGAUUAACUACCAUUGAAUGUUUUCUCUUUGUUCCUGGAUGUAAAUUGCUUUAAGUUUUAUUUGUUGAUGUAUAUAGAAAGGACUAUUUGAUGAAUUAUUUUGCUGUCAAGUUGUUUUAUGUGUGUGUUCAUGUGCUGUUUAGAGGAAAUAUACCGCCAGAGCCUCAGGUGAAUCUUAAGUCCAUGCACUGGUGUUUGUGUGUCGAGUGUGAGUGUGUAUGUAUGUGUGAGUUCCUGAGGGAGCUUCUUUCUCACAGUGCCUGUGAAAUGUCUGUCCUCUAAGAUGCUGUCCCACACCACCUCUAGUCCCUAUAUAUCUGAUUUUAGUUUCUCUUCUUCAUUGUCUGAGAAUAAUCAUGGCCACCCUGCAUCUCAUCUCCUUGUAAUCGCUCUAAUACAAACUGUUCCUCCCUGCGAUUCUAAUGAUCUGCGUCUCAUGCUUCCCACGACAAGAAAAACAACAACAGAUGGAUUUGGAAUGGUGGCAACGGCUGUUUAGUCUUUACUAUACGUGGUGUGCUACUCCGUAUUUUUCUGUGAAUGGAAUCAAGUGGCACCAACUCCCCCCUCUUUCCCAUGAUUCUCUCUUUUCCCAUGUCGCCUUCUGAGGCCUCCAGUAGGGGUUGCAGGGGGAGAGGGUGGUUGGUUUAGACGGCAUGCCAGAGCUGAACUCUCAACGGCCUUCCUAGCAACAACCAGACCGGCACUCUCACUUCUUCAACCUGCCUGCUCAUGUUGUCAUGGUAGCCAGGUGUUCCCCACACACACACACACACACACACACUCACACUCACACACCCUCUGAGGGCUCCACCCAAGCUGCAACACUAUCCCCAUCUGUUGCACGACUAUGCCUUACUUUCCCCAUGCUCUCCUGUCAUUCCAGCUCAUUAUCUCACCUCCUUUUGUUUGUUCAUUCCUGGAGCAGAAAAUGGGGAAUCCAAACAGCAGGAGUAUUGACAGAUCUUUAUUUUUCUUGUGCUUUUGUUUAUUUGAAGAAUGUAUAGCUAUUUAAGCCUGGAUCACAUCUAUGGUUUUUUUUAAUUUUCCCCAAAGCCACUUGAAGGAACCUCGUAGGAUGCUGAUCUAAAGAUUGUAGGUUAUAGAUGAUGUCUGUUGAAGGGGUCUGUGCUCCCCCUUUGGUGGCUUAGUUGCUGGAGAUGUUAGUUUUGGACCAAGAUAAAGAUUGUGUGUCUUAUAUACGUGAAGAAAAUGAGCUAGUGUUAGUUCUAGUAUGUUUUUUUCUUCUCUUCUCAUUUUAGAAAUCCUUGUACAUUGUGUCAAAUUUGAGGGCUUCAGCCACCUCUGAAUAGAAAUAUAUUAAUUAAUGCCUGUAAUAUAAUCUUUGUAUAAGAGAAAGAGGGGAAAAAAAGCUUGAAGAUUUCACCAUUACCUGUCAACAUAUCAAACUGUUUUUAAUGACCGAAGUCCUGCUAUCUUUAUUAGAAAUGUGAAAAUUGAAACAUUUCAUUAAAUCAAUUUGAAGUUCUA